UUCUAUCUUUGACGUUCCACUGGUCUCCCUCUCUCUCUUUCUCUCUCUCUCUCUCUCUCUCUCUGUUCUAUGUGGAUCUAUUUCUUUAUUUGUACUGAUUUUAUAGUGGUUGAAGUUUCGUUGCUGCUCUAAAGAGACGAGGGUGGAGUUGACGCGUUCCUAAGGCUUUCACCCCAUAAAUCUUUCUCCUAUGGAUCUUUUUUGCAACACAAAGUAUGUCCGGCUUCGAAGCUUUCAUGGCAAGUAUCUUGUUGCAGAUGAUAAUGGACAAUCAGUGUCCCAAAGCCGAGUAAAAUUGUCUAAAAACUCAGAGUGGGGUGUCGAAUUUGUUGAAGGGACUCGUGCUCUGCGUUUAAAGAGCUGCUAUUCUCUUUACUUAACUGCUUCAGACCUUCCUUUUCUCUUAAAAUGGACAGGUAAGAAAGUUUUACAGUCUUCAAAGGUGAAACUGGCAUCCUCAGUGGAGUGGGAGCCUAUUAGAGAUGGGUUUCAUGUCAAACUUAAGGGUUUGUAUGGGAACUUCCUUCGAGCAAAUGGAGGUCCUCCUCCAUGGCGAAACUCUGUAACCCAUGAUAUCCCUCUUAGAACAGCAACACAAGAUUGGGUUUUAUGGGAGGUUGAAAUACUUGAAACUGAAAUUGAAUCCCCUUUGAGAAUGCCUUUGCUCACUCUUGGUUCGCCAGAUGUUCAGACGGCUACAAGUGCGUCAAGUGAAGCUGACUCAGAGUCUUUUGCUUCUUCCACGAGUUCGAGUUCCACCCCCAAAUCAGAUGGAAGGAUUAUCUACUUUGCUGUUGGAGACCAUGAUGGAGAUGUCGAAGAUAGUUCGGAAUGGUUUACAAUUACUUUUAGAGGAAGUGAUUUGUACGGGCUAAAGGAUAAGUUAAAGGAAGAGACUGGCAUUGACAAUCCUAUUCUUUGUUCAAAAAACUCAUUUAAUGGGGAGCUUUUUCCAUUACAUCUGCCACUGCCUCCAGGAAAUGCUUCUAUGAGAAUUGUGUUGAUCCAAUCAUCUCCAAAGUGUAAAUUUUCCUAUUUUGCUGCUACUGCUGCUCAAAGUUGUAAUGAAGACGCUAACACACCCAUCAAGAGGGUAUAUGGGAAAGUGCGGGACUAUUGUGGAACUCAAUGCAUUUUGGUCAGAGGCUAACUAUUACAAGGAGUCUGACUUUGAUAAUUGAAUUGAACUAUUCUGCCAUUCUUGAAGGCUAUUCUCUGAACAUGACUGAUGGUUCAAAAUAAUCUCACCAGACUAAUGGAAAAUGGUUGCGUUCAUCCCUUUAACUCUUAUGUUGUAGAUUUUAUUCAUAUUCUUGAAGUUUUAUAAACUUGGGGGCAGAUAGGAUUGCUACUUUCGGUCCAAAUAGGGUUUACAUGGGGACUUGAACAAAAACAAGAGUUACAUUGUAUACUUGGAUGUCAUGCCUCUAUAGGGUUGGCUAGACUUUUUUGGUAAUUUCUCUUCCAAUUUUAGUGUUUAUGAUUAUAGAUACUAAUGGAAAAUUAUCUUCUGAUAAGUUCAGCUAGUGGAGUUUCUGUUGUAUAGCACUCAAGAUUGCUGGUCAAUGCACAUGCUUUUGUUUGAGUGUGGAUAGCCUUGUUUGCACUCUCUCAGUGUUUUGGACCCUAAUGCUCCAACUAAAAGGGAGGAAUUCUGGAUAGAAUCGGAUCAAGUUUUUUGCCAGUGGGAGACCCCAAAUUUAUAUCUGAGGUUGAGUGCAUUUCUCUUACAAUAAGAGACAAAAGAGGAACUUGUCACUAUAAAAAUUUUCUCAGAGAAAGUUGAAAUUUUCUAAAAAAUUUGAAGUUAUAUAUCUUAUUUUCUACCCAGUUCUUUCUUCUUAAAAGGACAUGGAUGACAGUAGUAAGAAGAGAUGUGGUGACUUAUGGUCUAAUUGAUUGUAUGACCCUUGAUAGAGCAGAAUGGUGCAAUAGGACUCGUGUAGCCGACACAAAUAGUUGGAUAAGGUUUAGAUGAUGAUGAUGAUGACCCUGUUCUUUCUUCCCAUCAUAAUCUAUACUAUUAGCAAGUCAAACGUUGCUCAUCAACUUAUUGAAACUAAAGCCAUCCUGCUAGUUGAUUAGAAGUAUUUUGUCAUGACGUGGUCCUAUAUCUCUCGUUAGACAGAUGCUGAACAGGUUUAGUUUUUCACUGGAUGCUGCUAGUAGGUUUAUAUCUUACAUGAUUCUUCUACUAUUCCACACCGCUUGAGUGCUUUACUUUGAUGCCGAUUGGUUUGUUAGUCUAGAUGCAAUUGACUAGUGAGGCUUUAUUUCUGGCUCUUUACUUAUCUAUUUAAAAGAGUAAAAAUCAGUGCAACAUUCAUUGUUGAGGUUGUAUAUUAUGUCAUCUUGUUUGCCUGAGCUUGCUUUGU